AUGCCGCAAAAAAUUUCUAUUAAAGAUGAUACACUGUAUCGGUGGUUAUCUCAGUUAAAAAAAUCCAAAAAUUUAAAGCAACGAUGUCGUCCAGAACGCUCAAAGGUUUUAAGUCUAAAAAAGCAGCAUCACCUUGGUUAG